AUGAACAUUUCGAAUAACAAUCAUCUUCAUCUACUCGAUUUACCAAAUGAAAUUUUACUCAUUAUAUUUAAGAAACUAAAUAUAGUCGAUGUUUUCUAUUCACUUGUGGAUGUUAGUAAACGGCUUGAUCAAUUAGUACUUGAUCCAUUUUAUAUUCGUAAACUUGAUAUGGCAUCCAUGACAAUGAAAUCAUUUGAGGAUCGUAUCUACUCAAUAGACAAUGAAGUUCUUUCAAAAAUUUGUAAAAAUAUUUUACCUCGAAUUCAUGAUCAAGUAAAUGAACUCAUUGUUGAACAACAUUCAAUGGAACGCGUUCUUCAUACAACCAAUUAUCCUCAACUUUACUCGUUGUCGCUUAUAGAUUUUAAAGAAGAAGUACUGCUCGAAUAUUUAGCAGAUAAUACAAUUCUUCGCAAGCUUCUCAAUGAACAAAUUACACAUCUUCAAAUUGAUGUUAAGGAUACGACAGGAUCACCACCACUUCCUGAAAACCUUUCAACUAUGUUUGUUUUUAUUUUAUCUUUAUGUAAACAACUAAUCAAAUUAGAUUUUUGUCAAUUCGAUCAUCGAUCAACGUUUUGUACUUUUGACUUAUCGACCAAUUGCAAGUCUUCAACUUUGACUACAUUGAAAAUUGAUGUGGAAACUUUCGAUGAUUGUCUUUAUUUACUUGAUGGACGGUUCAAUUGUUUAUCAACAAUGAUUGUACAUGUUGGAGAAAUUACACAUACAUUAGCAACUAUAGAUAAUACGGUUAGUAUUAUUGUCAAUUAUUGGCUUCCAAGAAUCUUUGUUUCAUUUUCAUAG